CCUGGCUGGGAGUCGGACUAGCACCCCCUUGGUUUGUGGGCCACCCCAGCCAGGCUGACAAUGGUCAUUGGACCUUUUCAAGCAGACAGUUCAGGGAGAAUCAGGCUGACUCUGCGGCAGAGAACAGGUCGGCCUCUGAACUUCGGGGCGGCCCUGUAGAAGUAACACACCCCAAAUCUCCGGGGGCUCCUUUGCGUCACCCAAGGUUUCCCCGGAACUCCCAGCGGCCCCCCCCACGAUGAACCCCCCUGCGAGCUGCCCCCCUCCGGGUGAGGCCCUCCUCCCCAGCUUGGCUCCUCUGGACUUCUGGAGGUCUCCGAUCGCGGGCUACGGGGGCUCUGUGACCCGGCACAUCAGCCACCGGGCCAACAGCUUCAAACGCCACUCCAAGAGGAGGAAGAGCAUUCGCCCCUCCCCACCCCCGCCCCCCAACACCCCGUGUCCAAUCGAGCUGGUGGACUUUGGGGACCUGCACCCCCAGAGGUCCUUCCGGGAGCUGCUCUUCAACGGCUGCAUUCUCUUCGGCAUCGAGUUCAGCUACGCCAUGGAGACGGCCUAUGUGACCCCCGUGCUCCUGCAGAUGGGCCUCCCAGCCCAGCUCUACAGCCUGGUGUGGCUCCUCAGCCCUGUCCUUGGAUUCCUACUGCAGCCACUCUUGGGUGCUUGGAGUGACCGAUGUACUUCAAGGUUUGGACGGAGACGCCCUUUCAUUCUUGUCCUGGCGAUAGGGGCGCUGCUGGGCCUCUCGCUCUUGCUCAACGGCAGGGACAUCGGCUCAGCGCUGGCCGACACGGCCACCGACCACAAGUGGGGCAUUGUGCUCACCGUGUGCGGGGUGGUGCUGAUGGACUUCAGCGCCGACUCGGCUGACAACCCCAGCCACGCGUACAUGAUGGACGUGUGUGGCCCUGUCGACCAGGACCGGGGCCUGAACAUCCACGCGCUCCUGGCAGGUCUCGGGGGCGGCUUCGGGUACGUGGUCGGGGGCAUCCACUGGGACAGGACCGGCUUCGGGAGAGCCCUGGGCGGGCAGCUGCGGGUCAUUUACAUUUUCACCGCGGUCAUCCUGAGCGUCACCACCGUCCUGACCCUGCUCAGCAUCCCCGAGCGGCCCCUGCGGCCCCCCGGCGAGAAGAGGCCGGCCAUGAAGAGCCCCAGCCUGCCGCUGCCGCCGUCCCCGCCUGUCCCGGGCCAGGGGGAGGCUGGCGACGCCCUGCCCUGCCACCCGGACAACGGCCUGUACGCCAGCUUCUCCAGCCCCAUCUCCCCGCUCAGCCCCCUCACGCCCAAGUACGGCAGCUUCCUCAGCAGGGACGGCUCCCCGACGGGGCUCAGCGCCUUCGCCUCGUCGUUUGCCACCUCCCACAUCGACAGCGUCCUCAUCGACUGCUUCACGGGCGGCCAGGACAACUACCUGGCCCUCCAGGGCAGCGUCCCGAGGCCGGCCAUCAGCGUCAGCUUCCCCCGGGCCCCCGACGGCUUCUACCGCCAGGACUGCGGCCUCGGGGAGAGGCGGGAGGCGGCCGUGACGACCGGCUGUGACGGGGACGUCCUGAGGGUGGGCUCCCUGGACACCUCCAAGCCACGAUCGACCGGCAUCCUGAAGAGACCCCAGACCUUGGCCCUCCCGGACGCGGCCGGAGCAGGUGGUCCCGACACCGGCAAGAGGAGGAACGUGACCUUCAGUCAACAGGUGGCAAACAUCUUACUGAAUGGCGUGAAGUACGAAAGCGAGCUGACAGGCCCCAGCGAGCCGCCGGGGCAGUCCCUGUCUGUGGGACACCUCUGUUCCACCAUCUGCCACAUGCCCAAAGCGCUGCGCAGCCUGUGUGUCAACCACUUCCUGGGCUGGCUCUCGUUUGAGGGGAUGCUGCUCUUCUACACGGACUUCAUGGGCGAGGUGGUAUUUCAGGGGGACCCCAAAGCCCCGCACACGUCGGAGGAGUACCAGAAGUACAACAGCGGCGUCACCAUGGGCUGCUGGGGGAUGUGCAUUUACGCCUUCAGCGCCGCCUUCUACUCAGCCAUCCUGGAGAAGCUGGAAGAAUACCUCAGCAUCCGCACGCUGUACUUCGUUGCCUACCUGGCCUUUGGGCUGGGGACCGGGCUCGCCACCCUGUCCAGGAAUCUCUAUGUGGUUCUGUCCCUGUGCAUAACCUACGGGAUCCUCUUUUCCACGCUGUGCACGCUGCCCUACUCGCUGCUGUGUGACUACUACCACAGCAAGGAGUUUGCAGGGUCCACUGCGGAUGGUACACGGCGUGGCAUGGGUGUGGACAUCUCCCUGCUGAGCUGCCAGUACUUCCUGGCCCAGAUCCUGGUCUCGCUGGUGCUGGGACCCCUGACUUCGGCUGUGGGCAGUGCCAAUGGGGUGAUGUACUUCUCCAGCCUGGUGUCCUUCCUGGGCUGCCUGUACUCUUCCCUGUGUGUCGUUUACGAAAUCCCACCCGGUGAUGCCACCGAUGAUGAGCACCAGCCCCUCCUGCUGACUGUCUGA